AUGGUUCAAUUCUCGUUUCUCAGCCUCCUCCUUGGUCUGGCGGUUCUUCCAGCUGAAACUCAGUCGCUACCGAAACAGCUUGCCGCCGUCCGCCGCCGAUCUGGUCUAACGCACGCGGAGUACCUGCAGUACCUCACGCUGGUUCACGGACAGAAGUCCUGGAAUGCUCCCCGGGACAGCGCCUUCCCGCUGGCGUACACACAAAACUAUGUCUUUGACAGUGUAUUUGGUGCCAACAACAGCGUAGGGAACCAGGCCUACGUCGGGCGCGACAGCAUUAUCGAAUUAUACAGCAGCAUCCCGACGUCGUUCAUCGGUCCCCCGCCCAGCAACUAUACCGAGACGGUUAUCGGGCCUGAUGGAGAAAACUUCAGUGACAUGCCAGUGGCCAUGUCAACUCUCGCAACAGAGACCUUUCUCAACGACAUCACUCACGGCCCCGCAAGCGCCCAGCCAAAGGACAACACCGCGCCUUUGGUGGCCUUCUUCUGGGCCAUAGGCACCAAGGAUGUCACGUCCAACGAGACGUUUGCCAGGUACCUGGCUGAUGCGCUGAUCAAGCCGCUGCCGGCCGGAAUCCUCUACAAUGCCAGCUACCACGUUCCUGUUCCCGGCGCCGACCUGCGACCCUACUAUGGCGGGCAGGACAUGCCAAUCGUCAACGCCGUCAUCAAGAUGUGGCUCAACGAGAGCGUCUCGUCGAUGUCAGAGGUUCGGUCUGCGCAGACCCAGUUGAAUAACUCACAGCUGCACCUCGACGAGAACCUCUCCUUCAUGAUGUUUUCCAAGGAGGUAACAGUUUGGGAUACAACAGCAAACAUUAGC